GCGGCUCAUGCGCUAUUGUGAACUGGUGUUAUAGAGAGAUCGAGUCUCUGAACGGACGGACCAGGCAGCAACGAAAAUACACACAGGGGAAAUAUAUCAGUCUACUAGCCUACUGGAAGCACCUGGGAGAGAGAGUGCACCACAGAGACUGCAGGUUAGGUUGAAGAAGAACAGUGAUUAAGAGGAAGAUAGAUUCUUGAAGAGGAGAGUGGAGUGAACUGGGUCUUCUCCGUUGUAAAUGUGCACGAGUCCGAGGCAUUCUGAUUGAGGAGAGAGGCGGGUCUUAUCUGCGUCUGGGGGGAGGACCUUCGUGUCAGAUAACCAAUCAUGGAGAGGACGAGGACGAGGGCGGGUGCAGCAGUCUUCCUGAUGCUGGUCUUGGGUCACCUAGGCAAUGCUCUGGAGGUCCCACUAGACCCAAAAGUUCUGGAAGAAUUGGCGCAGCCGCCAACCAUAACUCAACAGUCCCCCAAGGAUUACAUCAUCGACCCUCGGGAGAACAUCGUCAUCCACUGUGAGGCCAAAGGGAAGCCACACCCCAGCUUCUCGUGGACCAGGAACGGGACCCACUUUGACAUUGACCAGGAUCCCAAGGUGACGAUGCGACCACGGUCUGGUACCUUGGUGGUGGACAUCAGUGGGGAGAAGGCCGAGACGUACGAGGGGGUCUACCAAUGUACAGCCAGAAACAAACACGGAGCCGCAGUAUCCAACAAUAUUGUCAUCAGACAGUCCAGGUCCCCCUUGUGGUCAAAGGAGAGGAACGAGCCAAUCAGAGUUCAGGAGGGCGAGGCUCUAGUACUACAUUGCCGGCCCCCUGCUGGCCUGCCCCCUCCUAUCAUCUUCUGGAUGGACGUCAACUUCCAGAGACUGCCUCAGAGCAGUCGUGUGUUCCAGGCGUUGAACGGAGACUUGUACUUCUCCAACGUUCUGAAGGAGGACUCGAGGAAUGACUACAUCUGUUACGCCCGUUUCCCUCACACUCAGACCAUCCAGCAGAAACAACCCAUCACCCUCUUAGUGCUCAACCACGGCUCCGUGGAGGAGAGGAAACCCACGUUCCUCAUCCCUUCUGGCUCCAGCAGCUCCAAGAUGGUGCUGAGAGGACAGAUCCUGGAGUUGGAGUGCAUCACUGAGGGACUUCCCACUCCAGAGGUCUCGUGGAGUAAGCUGAGCGGGGAGUUCCCUGACAAGCGUACCUCCAUCGUCACCUUCCAGAAGAUACUGCGUAUUGUGAACGUGUCCGAUGCCGACGCUGGCGAGUACCGCUGCACUGCCCACAACCGCUUGGCCUCCAUACACCACACCAUCCGUGUCACCGUCAAAGCGGCACCGUAUUGGAUCACUACCCCCAGGAACCUGGUGCUGGCCCCUAGAGAGAAGGGUCAAUUGAUCUGUAGGGCCAGUGGUACUCCCAAACCCACCAUCAACUGGGCCAUGAAUGGCAUCCCCAUAGAGAAUUCACCUGAGGACUCCAAUAGGAAGGUGGAGGGCGACAGCAUCAUCUUCGAGGAAGUCCAAACUGGAUCCAGUGCAGUCUACCAGUGCAACGCAUCCAAUGAAUAUGGAUAUCUGCUGUCCAAUGCCUUCGUCAACGUUCUCUCUGAAACACCCAGAGUAUUGACUCCAGCUAACCAGGUCUACCAGGUGAUCCGAAACAACCACGCCUUGCUGGACUGUUCCUCCUUCGGCUCGCCCAUCCCUAAAAUCACAUGGUUUAAGGACAGCCAGUCCAGCACACUGGAAGGGGACCCCUACUUGCUGCAUGAAAACGGGACUCUGGAGAUAUAUGUGGCCCAGGCCCUCAACAGUGGGAAGUAUAUCUGUGUGGCCAGGAACACUCUGGGCAUCGCUGAGAACCAUGUCUAUCUGGAGGUCAAAGAGCCAACUCGUAUCCUGAAGCAGCCGAAAUACAAGGUGGCCCAGAGAAACAUGAAUGUGGUGUUUGAGUGUAAAGUAAAACACGAUCCCACCCUCAUCCCCAUCAUGAUCUGGCUGAAAGACAACGGAGAGCUGCCCGACGACGAGAGAUUUCUGGUGGACUCUGACAGCUUGACCAUAACAGAUGUGACAGAGAACGACGCGGGAACGUACACCUGCAUAAUGAAUACUACUCUGGACCAUGACUCUGCCAGUGCUGAGCUCACUGUCGUCGAGGCAGCUCCUACUCCAGCUGUCAUCUAUGAACAACCAGACCCUCCUACUGACCUGGAGUUGACCGACAUGAAACCCAGGAGUGUCCAGCUCACCUGGAUACCUGGAGACGAACACAAAAGCCCUAUUCACAAAUUUGUGAUCCAGUACACAGACUCUCUCCACGAUCAUGGCCACUGGCACAACCUGACGCAUGUCCCGGGCGGCAAGACCACGGCCCACCUCGAACUGUCCCCUUACGUUCACUACUCCUUCAGAGUCCUGGCCCUGAACGCUGUGGGUCUCUCCGAUCCCUCCAACCCCUCCCACAUGUACAAGACCAAUCCUGCAGCUCCAGAUGAGAACCCCAGCGGAGUUAAAGGUUUUGGAACUGAACAUGACAAUCUUAUGAUAUUGUGGAAGCCACUGUCAGGCCUCCAGGCUAACGGUCCAGGCCUGCAGUACAAGGUGAUGUGGAGACAGAAGGAUGUGGACAAGAACUGGACGUCAGUGACCGUGGCCAACGUCUCCAAGUUCAUGGUCUCUGGGACUCCCACCUUCACACCAUACGAGGUUAAGGUUCAAGCCAUUAACAACAACGGGAUUGGCCCUGAUCCAGCUGUGGUCAUUGGACACUCCGGAGAGGACUUGCCGGUGCAGGCUCCAGACAGUGUCCAGUUCCUAGUGUUGAACAGCACCCUGGCUGAGGUGCACUGGGAGCCUGUCCCACCGAAGACAGUACGGGGACACCUCAAGGGAUACAAGGUGUAUUACUGGCGUGAGAGGAGCCUCCACAAACACAACCCCCACCGUGUGGAGCAGCAGCUUCUGUCCUUCAGUGGGAACAAGAGUCAUGGCAUGCUCCCAGGCCUGCAGCCCUACAGCCUCUACCUGUUCAACGUCAGGGUUUACAAUGGCAAGGGGGAGGGCCCUGCCAGCUCCAACCUGCAGUUUGAGACCCCCGAAGGAGUUCCUGGGCCGCCAUCUUUCCUGAGGAUCACCAACUCUAACCUGAACAAUUUGACUCUGGAAUGGGGUCCUCCCAACGACCGCAACGGGCACCUCACCGGCUACAUCCUCAAAUACCAGCAAGUCAACAACUCCAACGAGCUGGGUCCGAUUGAAGAGCUGGUCCUGCCGGCCAACAAGACCUCCGUAACGCUCCCCAACCUGAAGUACAGCACACGCUACAAGUUUUAUUUCAAUGCCAAAACAGGCCAGGGAGCCGGGCCCGUCAUUACAGAGGAAGCCGUCACUAUUAUGGACGAAGUCCUAAUGUAUCAGCCUUCAGUAGACGAGGUUGGAGGAGGGUACACCCGAACUCAAACCUCACCUCCCAUAGCAGGGUCUCCUCCACGCCACCCAUUCCACAAGGUGCAUCCAGCGGCUCCGGCAUUCGGGAACGUUAGCUCCUCCGUGGGAGAGGACGGAAUGCUUAUCAGUUGGGAGUACUGGGGAGCAGAAAAACAUGUUUAUGUAGAAUAUAUCAUUAAGAACGACAACACUCUCGGUGAAGAGGAUUGGCAGAAAGAGUAUGUAAAUGGAUCUCAGGCCUAUGUGCUGAAGGGCUUAAAGGAGGGCCUGUCCUAUAGGGUACGCGUGGUUGCCAAGGGUCACGACGACCAAGCGGUGCUCCACCAAUCAGAAGAGCUUUUGGUGACCGUUCCAGCUAUGCCAUCCAGACAGGCUGACAUCGCUACUCAGGGCUGGUUCAUCGGUCUGAUGUGUGCCAUCGCUCUCCUCAUCCUCGUCCUCCUCAUCAUCUGCUUCAUUAAGAGGAAUAAGGGAGGCAAAUACCCAGUGAAAGAAAAAGAGGAUGCUCACACAGACCCAGAGUUCCAGCCCAUGAAAGAGGAUGACUGUACUUUUGGGGAAUACAGUGACACUGAGGACCAUAAGCCGUUAAAAGGGAGCCGCACACCUUCUAACGGGACGGUGCACAGGGACAGCAGUGACGAAAGUUUAGUUGACUAUGGAGGUGGAGAUGGACAGUUCAACGAGGAUGGGUCUUUUAUUGGGCAGUACAGUGGAAAGAGCUCCAUCAGGGAAACUGCUGAGGCCCACUCCCCGGUUAACACAACCACUAUGAACUCCUUUGUGUAGCCAGUCAACUGGUCAGCCAGGCCACUAGUUGGCGCUACAGUAUAUGCAACUUUUUUGUGUAGCUAGGCCACUAGGCAGCGUUGCGGAUUCUUAUAGCUAAUUAGACGUUUAUCCUCCCAGCCAAUAGGAGACACUGUGGUGACUGUUCCAUCCCCCCAUAUCACAGGGCAAUCACAUCAUCGUGUGGCUUAUCAUCAUCAUCAUCAUCAUUACAUGCCCCACCCAUCUGCACCCAGAACCACCAAUGAGAACCACCCUGCUGUCACAGACACAUAAGAUACACAUUGGAGAUACUAGAUACUCCUGGAGGACUACGAUUCUUAUACAGUGCAUGGAAAUCCUGAGAUGAUGUACAUACAUAUAUUAACAUAUUGAGAUGAACACUAAUUAGUAUAUUAUACACGGAAGACAUUGUCUAUCUUGGGCUACUAUGCGGUUCACAUUUGUAUCAUUUACCAUAUUGUUUUUACAGUCAAAGCAUUAUCUUGAUAUUAUUGUGUAUGUUAGAGGUGCUUUUUGUCCCUCAGGGCCACCAUAAAGAGGCAUCAAUGUCUUGGUGGACCUAGUGGUGAAAUGAGUUACUAAAUGUAUGGCUAUUAUUCUAUGUAUUUUUGCAAGACAGUAACAAAGGUAAAGGUUGAAUUUACAGUAACAAAGGUAAAGGUUGAAUUUACAGUAACAAAGGUAAAGGUUGAAUUUACAGUAACAAAGAUAAAGGUUGAAUUUACAGUAACAAAGGUAAAGGUUGAAUUAACAGUAACAAAGGUAAAGGUUGAAUUUACAGUAACAAAGGUAAAGGUUGAAUUUAUAUUAACAGUGAAAGGUUGAAUUAACAGUAACAAAGGUAAAGGUUGAAUUUACAGUAACAAAGGUAAAGGUUGAAUUUAUAUUAACAGUGAAAGGUUGAAUUAACAGUAACAAAGGUAAAGGUUGAAUUUACAGUAACAAAAGUAAAGGUUGAAUUUACAGUAACAAAGGUAAAGGUUGAAUUUACAGUGCAGGAUUUUGCACAGUAUGUAUAUGCAGACAGAGAGCUCCUAAAUGUAGUAUUCUUUUGCUGCGAAUGCAAAUGCUGAUGCUAUACACGCCCUCAUGACGUCAUCCUCAUGACCUUUGACCUGCGUGUGACCUCAUUUCCUGUGGUUGCAACUCACAUGAUCUCCCCUGAUGGUGACCUUAUGCCUCUUCUUGACAGAUGGUGCCCUUUAUGGCUCUUCUUGUGGUGCGUGUGUCCGUGUGCACGUGUGUGCUGUUGUUGAGGGGAUAUUAGUCAUGCUAGGAAAGAGGUGCUCACAAGUAUGAAGUACAUUUGAGGUGACAAGGGUUCGCAAGCUAUUUUCUUUUCUUAACUUGCAUCAAGUUUUACGUUGUUGUUGUUUUUUUACAGAAAUGUUGAUUAUUUGUUGAAUUUGUAAAUAUAUCAUUUUGAAUGUACAGAGAAACACAGCUGGAAGAGCUUAAAGGGAUAAAGGGAUGGUUCACCUAAAUUACAAAAUUCGAUGACAACCUGAAAGGAAGAACUGCAUGAAAUAGUUUGAGAGAGCUGUGUUCAAUAUAGGCUACUAUAUAUAUAUAUAUAUAUAUAUAUGUAUUAUUUUGUUUUUCUUUCUUUUUUCUUAGCUGUGAACAUUGUACUUUAUUGUAACUAACAGGACAAAAUGUUGCCCAUGAGUUCAAAAUGUUUUUUUUUUCAUUUGUCAGAAAUAUAGUUGUGUGUUUCUGAAAUGUCACUUCUCUGUAUUAAAUGAAACCAUACAGUACUCAGUAAACAUUGAGAUUUAAUGUACAUUGGAGUGUUUGAUAAGUACUAUAUAUAACAUUGUGGUAUUCUGCUUCAAGUGGGUUAUUCAGCACAAAGUCUACCAAACUCAUCCACUCUGUGACAGUAUUGCAAAACGGUUGUAUUCUUAUUCAAAAACAGUUUCAAGGUUUUUACUAACAAUUUAUGUCUCUUUUCAUUUAUAUUUAAGUUUCUCCACUUAGUGCAAGAAUGAAGUGGAAAUAUAAUGAAUGAAUAAAAUAUAUUGAUCUGC